GAGCACCACGUCCGUCGAUUCAUAGUUAGGUGCCUCACAGAUGCAAGCCAGUUAACGUUGUCUGAGAAGAAUUCUAUGCACACGGAGUAAAACAGUGGUGGCCGCUAAAACCCUGAAGAGCGAUAAAAACCCGAAGCUUUUAAUGGCCGCUUAACGCAUCGAAGUUCGCUUAUCCAGCCGUCAAAUGUACUGAAAAAUUCUGCUCGGCACUUGUGGAAAGCGAAAAAUAAAGAAGUCGCAUCAAAUAUGGCGUAUUCUCUGGCCACGGUUUCCCCUAAUUCGUGGCAGUUGCAGCGGAAAUCGGGAUUGGCUCCUUUCGCUACUUUGCCGCAUAGAAGCCCUGGAUUUCUGUACAGUGGAAUUAAGCGGGUGGGGCGCCCCAUACGACCGUGCGCGAUUUCUGGCAACAGUGAAGAAGAAGGAGAAGGAGGAGAACGAAAGAAGAAACCGCCUAACUUGUCAUGGCUGGAGAAGGAUUCAGCAUCCUCCAAUUCGUUUGCUGGCUGGGGCACUUCAGAUCAAAAACCGCCGGGCAAAAAAUUUACAGGUUACUUGGCUGCAGGCGCCGCAGGACUUGUUCUUACAAUUGGUUUUGCUUUUGCUUCACAUUCUUUCUUCUCAAGAAGAGCUCACAAGAACCAAAUGAUGGUGCCUCUUACUGUUACGCAAGAAACAAUAUUAUCUUCUGAUGAUUUACACUCAGCAGUUGCUGAUCAUGACCGGGAACAGGGUAACCUGUUAUCAGCUGAUGCCUGGCAACAAAAGCAAAAUGAGGAAACUGCAGGUAACUUGAUAGCAGCUGAUGCCCAGCAACAAAAGCAAAAUGAGGAAACAGAUGGGCGCACAGGAGAUUCCAACAAUGUGCAGGAAACUGCAGGUACAGACCAGUCUUGCCUCUCGCUUGAGGAAAUAAAUGGUUUGAGAACUGAAGUUGGAACUGAUAUAAGUCUUGCUCCUGUGACUAGUUCAACAAUAAACGUUGAGCCAAAGGAACCUGAAUUUGAGCCAGUGGAUUUGGUACCUAUUACCAAUAGCAAAGAUGUUUCAUCUUGUCUACUGUCUGAUUCCCCAGUAGUUGCCAAAUGUGACUGUAUAGAUAACUUUGCAGCUGUGCCCCAGUCUGAACCAAAUUUAGUAGUUACAUCCGAGUCCACAAACAAUGCACCUUCUCUUGUUGAAUCUUAUUCUGAAAUCAAAUCUGUGUACAAAACAUCUGAUAGUGAUGCAGUUACUAGUUUGCUAUAUUCAGAAACUGGUGCCACAAUUCAAAUUGAGGAUAUGGACACCUCUGUUGUUUCACCUGUUACUGGACCAAACUUAAUGUACUUGUAUACUGAUUCCCAGGGCGAGGAACCAAAUUCAGAAGAGAGAGAUGGUUCUAUGGAAAGAAAUCUAGAUGUUUCAAGUGAUUUUGAUUACACUUUUCCUAGUGAUAGUGCAAUACCAGAACCCACAACUUCUACAGAACUUGGUAUUUAUCAAAACACUUCAGCUACUCCGUCUCAUGUUCCAGAAACAGUGGAGAUAAAACAAUUUAUUAAUAAUAAUGAAACUCCCUUAGCAUCUGAAACAGUACCAGUUAUUGUGGUUACAGACUUUAGUGGAUCUUUUUUAGUUCAAGAAACUAGUGCAAGUGGGCGUAAUGAAAAAGAUGAAGCUGUUGGUUUGGCUGACAUAGAAAAUAUUGAUUUCAAUGCAACAAGAACCUCUACAUUUCAACCUCUAUCUUCAGAAUCUGAAUGUUCCUUUCCAUCUCCGGGCAUACCUGCUCCAUCUCGUCCAGCCCUACAUGUUGCUCCUGGUAAAGUGGUGGUUCCUCCAGUUGUUGACCAUUUACAAGGACAAGCUUUUGCAGCUCUUCAAGCUCUAAAGGUUGUAGAAGCUGGCAUUGAACCUAAUGGCUUGUGUGCACGCCGAGAUUAUGCUCGUUGGCUGAUUUCUGCAAGUGCCAUUUUUGCAAGAAAUCCGGUAUCAAAGGUUUUUCCAGCAAUGUUUAUUGAGAACAUCACAGAACUUGCAUUUGAUGAUGUUACACCUGAUGAUCCAGAUUUCCCUUCAAUUCAAGGAUUAGCAGAGGCUGGAUUGAUUUCUAGCAAGCUAUCGUAUAAUGAUGAAUUUGGUUCUGUGGAAGCAGGGAAUUCAAGUAGUUGUUUAUUCUCACCUGAUAGUCCACUUUCACGUCAAGACCUCGUCAGUUGGAAAAUUGCUUUAGAAAAAAGGCACUUACCGGAAGUUAACAAGAAGAUGUUGUGGAAAAUGUCUGGAUUUAUAGAUAUUGACAAAAUAAGUCAAGAUGCUUGGCCUGCUAUCUUAGCAGACCUGACCUCAGGAGAACAAAGCAUUAUUAGUGUCGCCUUUGGUCACACUAGGUUGUUUCAACCUGACAAACCAGUUACAAAAGCUCAGGCUGCUGUUGCUCUUGCAACUGGAGAAGCAGCAGAACUUGUUACAGAGGAGCUUGCUCGUCUUGAAGCAGAGUCAUUGGCUGAUGCUGCAGUUGCAGCACAUGCUGCCCUCGAAGCUCAAGUCCAAAAGGACCUCAAUGAUUCCUUUAAAAGGGAGCUUGAAUUAGAGAGGGAGAAAAUAAAAGAGACAGAAACAUUAGCUGAGGAAGCAAGAUUGGAACUAGAAAAAAUAAAAGCUCAAAGAGAUGAAGAGAAGUACUCACUUCUGAAGAAGGAAGCUGCAGUUGAUGCUGAAGUUGAGUUUCUUAGAACACUUAAAGAUGAACUAGAGAAACAAUAUCAGACCAUUUCAACUAAAAGGGCGGAAAUGUCUUUGAAAAAGAAUGAGAUAGAUAAACUUAGAGAUGAAGCAGAAGAUAUAAAGAUUGCCUUGGAUAUGGCAAAAGCAGAAGUGGAGAUUGAGAAGGAGGCACUAGCAUUGGCCAGGGCUUGGGCAGAGGAAGAAGCCAGAAAUGCUAGGGCAUAUGCUAAAGAGCUGCAAGAAGCUAGAGAGAAAUGGGAAAGGCAAGGAAUUCAAAUCCAGGUUGAUAAGGAGCUUGAUGAGAAUAACACUGCAGUGUUAACAUGGCAGUACAGUCCAAAGGUUCAGAAGGAUUUGGGAGAGGCACAGAAGGAUUUGGGUGAGGUUCAGAAAGAUUUGGGCGAGGUUCAGAAAGAUUUGGGAGAGUCACCUUUCCAUGAGAUUAUUGUUAGAGCCGAAGAAAUAAGAGGGAAACUUGGGCAUUUAUCUAAUGAUUUGAGGGUCAAAAUUUUAGCUGUGAUAGAGAAGUUAAUACAUGCCAUUGGGCUUCUAAUAACUAGUUUACGGCAGAAAGCAUCCCAAACAGGGGAAAGAGUUCAAGAAUUUGAACGGGAGGCUCUUGCAGUGGCAUCUAAAGCUGCUCAGGAUGUACAACAGAGGACAGCAUCAUCAGUGGCGGGAGUGACAUCCUCUAUUACAAAAGGCACCAAGAGGCUUGUUGAUGAGUGCAGGGAAGGGGCAGAGAAAAUUUCUCAGAAAUUUAAAACAUAGAUCACUCGCACCUACGUCCAAUUUUUCCUGUACAAUGAUCUAUAUCUCAAAAAAAGAUGAUAGUGCGCUAACUUAUGCUUGUGCUUCUGCAAAUAAUCUUGCAAUUAUUGCCCAUUAAAUGAAUAAAGGAUUUCAAGAAGAUUUCUGAAUUUUUUGCAAAGCUGCAAUGCGGGCAUGAUUCAUAAUCACUUUGAUCCUCUUAAAUGCUAGUAAUGGUCCAUUUGUCGCUAUGUUUGGCAAUGAAAUUCAAUAUUGUUGAUAGUGGCCAGACUAUAGGGAAUUAUCGGGACAUCACUGGCACAUUGCUUUUUGUAAUGGAAUUUUAGCACACAAAAGAAUGAUCUUAUUACAUUUUUUUUGAAGAGUUAUAAUGCUGGUUUAUUUGGAGAGAAGUUUGUAUUUGGUUUCUACAUAUGAUGGACAACUUAAUGCAGCAUUCCACCUCCCAUUCACGGAAUGAUGAUCCUUGGAAUUGAACACAGUGAGAGCACAAAGCUGUCCUUUCUAACAAAUGUUUUGUAAGUCCAGCUCUUCUUGUAUAUGUAUUGCUAUUUGCUAUGACCGAAUGGUCAUUAGAGGA